AUGUCAGACUCAUUGGAACUUGAGGGUUGCGACCUACCCGCGUGCGUCCGUCUUCGAAGUUCUAUCGGAUCCAUCACAUUGACGGUCUCACUUGCCGUGUUCACUGAUAUCUUCCUUUACGGCGUCAUUAUUCCCGUCAUUCCUUUUGCUUUGACGUCUAGGGUGGGUCUAGAGACAACAGAAGUGCAAACGUGGCUAUCUGUCUUGUUGGCUGUUUACGGUGCUGCAAUGUUUUGCGCAUCGCCAGUCUGCGGUUGGGCCACGGACCGUAUUCGCUCACGCCGUACCUUUCUGCUCAUUGGUCUCGUUGCACUGAGUGCAGCUACAGCACUACUACUUGCAGCAAAGAGUCUUGUACUCAUCAUUGUUGCAAGGACACUGCAAGGUGUUAGCGCUGCAGUAGUUUGGGUGGCAGGACCCGCCCUUCUGGCAGAUAGUGUUGAUCCGGAUCAGAUCGGUCGCUUCAUGGGGUUCAUGGGAGAUGCAACCGGACUAGCUAUUCUUGCGGCGCCAGCGGUAGGCGGAGUGGUCUUUGAGAGAGUCGGCUAUAACGCUGUGUUCUUCAUCUGCUUUGGGCUUUUAGGUCUUGAUAUGCUACUCCGUCUGCUGGUCAUCGAAAAGGAGCGAGCUGAAAAUGCCGUCGUGGAACACAACGACCGGAAGUCUGUUUCAGCGCACGAGAUCAACACUACCACGACAAAGCAAGGGGAGUCGUCAUCAUUACCAGCACAGAAGUCUGUCUUGGACGACUGCGCGUCCUUGAGGUCAGCCACCUCAGGCACCGACGAUCGUGGGACUGUGACGAAUGUGAAGAGCUGGAGAGAUCAUCUCUGGCCUUUGCGGACUCUUCUCCUCUCCCCCCGCCUCGCUACGGAUCUUUUCGGCUGUCUGGUCCAGGCUACGCUUUUUACCUCCAUAGAAUCCAUCCUUCCACUGCAGGUUCGUCAGAGUUUCCAUUGGGGAUCACUCGGGGCAGGCCUAGUCUUCCUUCCCCUCACCUUACCCGCACUUACAUCGCCAUUGAUCGGCUGGGUUGCAGACCGCUACCAAGCCAGAUUACCGUGCAUCGCUGGUUCUUCUCUCGCGGCGCUAGCUUUCGUCUUGCUUCGCCUCGUGACAGACGGUACAGCAAAAGACAAGAUCAUCCUCUGUUGUUUGGUUGCUAUCAUCGGCCUGGCGCUGACACUUGUCCUGAUACCCCUGAUGGCAGACAUCGUCCACGCGGUGAAUUCGAUGGAUGCGAAAGGCCAAAUAGGACCCCGUACCGGUGGUUCAUAUGGGCAAGCAUAUGCGUUGUUCAACAUGGCGUACGCGGCUGGGUCGGCCAUCGGGCCUCUUCUGGCUGGGCUGCUGAGAGUACGUAUGGGUUGGGGAGCUACCACACUAGUCCUUGGGUGCCUCAGUGGGGCGAGUAUUGUUCCCAUAGCAGUAUGGGCAGGCAAUCAUAAGCCAGCAAAAGAAGAAGACGAUGAGAUUACCGCCUGA